AUGAGCCAGCACGACUUCAACUUUGACGCGCUGUUAAAUGAUAUGCUCAAUGGCGUCGCUGACACGACCUCAGUGCCUCAGAGUGUACCUGUUCAAUCAAUUUUCCCCGGGUCUCAGCAGCAACAGCAACAGCCUCAGCAACAGCAACAACAACAACAACAAUACUACCCAGUCGCGUCGCUCUUCCCAGUAUCGCAGCCGCAAGCCGUCGCCGCCUCCGCAGUUGCAGCAUCACCUACAGUCUCUACGGCCGUAUUUGAUCCAACAUCAGUAUUUACACCUACACCGCAAAUAUACACUCAGAAUCAGAUACCUCCAACUUCAGAUCCUCUGCUGCAGUUCCAGCUUCACCAAGAUGUUCAGCAGCCGACAACGUCUAUCCCGGCACCCGCAUCUCCAUAUCUUGUUCCUUCAAACGAACUCGCGGUGCCAGGCCAGUAUCGACUACCUGGUAGUAGCAACGUUAGCAGCGCGCUGGCGUCGCCGGCAGGCAGUAAUUACGCUAGUCCGCGGGGGAGUUUUUCUGGCGGGCUGCGGCCCGACGAUACUCCAGUGCUUGUUGACGACGGGAGCUUGUUGAUUCCCCAGCCACGGCAUCGCCGGUCGUCUAGCGUUCACUCAGACGCGUCGUCACUGCUAUCUGGUGCGCCUUCGCCGCAGCUUCCGUUAUCUCAUUCGCCUUAUAUGGAAAGCAUAGAUGUGAGCAAUUUAGAAGGUGCAUUAUCGACAGCGUUUUCAAUCAGCGAUCCUGCCAUGCCUGCCACACCGGAAAUCACGGUGGAAACUGUUGACGAUGUGGCCUCUGUAUACUCUAACGCAUCGGCGUACUCGGAAUCUCCAGCACCAUUCACUCCUGGACAAUUUUACUCUGACAUUGAGCCUUUCCCAGAGAUGGACUCUGGGGUUGUGCUUGGGUCUGCGUCACCAUUACCGCACGCGGGUGCGGCGUCGCUAUUGUAUCCACCCCUAACUGAUUCUCCGCAGAACCGGCGCCGAUCUCAGUCAGACUCUGUUCUAGAGGGCCCGGUGUUCCCAGGAGGAUUUUAUGGUGGAUCUACGUUUGGGUCAAAUGUAAGUUUGGCUAACGAGGCUGAGCAACUAACCCUGGCAGUGCCGGUGGGAGGGACCCACAUUAAAAAUAGUGGGAACGACUUUUUGUCACCAGCAGACGCACCGAGACGAAACUUAAGGACGUCGCGGUCUCCUUCGCCGCGGUCUCCAUCACCGCGACCGCGCGUGGUGACAAGCAGAGAACACAUUUUAGAGAUGGCCGGGGCGCCUGUGGGAGGCAGUGGUGGUGGGACUGGGACGCGACGACGGUCGGUGAGACAGCACCCUGCGCAGCAUAUGUGUCCAAUGUGUGAAAAGACAUUUACACGAGCAUACAAUUUGCAGUCGCACUUGCGCACGCACACCAACGAGCGGCCGUUCAAGUGUGGGGUGUGCGGUAAGGCGUUUGCACGACAGCACGACCGGAAGAGACAUGAGGACCUUCAUAGUGGGCGCAAGAAGUACGAAUGUUUAGGGGUACUCUCUGAUGGUGUGACGCAGUGGGGGUGUGGUCAUAAGUUUGCACGUGCGGACGCGUUGGGGCGGCAUUUUAGAACAGAGGUCGGGAGACAGUGUAUCCGGCCGCUAGUGGAGGAAGCGGACAGAGAGAAAAAAGAAGCAGAGGAACAAGCGGCGGCGGCGGCAUUGGCAGCAUCGGCUGAGGUGCCGAUAUAUCAGGGUGGAGUUGGCGCGCCGGCAUUGACGCUGUCGCCGCCCACAACGGGUCCCGAGGUGGGAGGUGGAAGCACGGUGGAGCAAAGAGUAGUUGCUGGAAAUGGAGGGGAGUUUCCUGCGGCGCUUUUACAACAGUUCCCUGUUCUUGCCAAUUUUGGGAUGGACGCUUAG